AGCAGCGGCGGGCCGGGCCCCGAGCGGCGGCCGCUGUGGGAGGAAGGGGGGCUGAUGGCGGCGGCGCAGGGCUGCGGGCGAGGGGCGGAGCGCAGAGACCCUGUGGCUGCCAUGGCCGCCGCCCCCUCCCCGCAGCCUCCCUUAAAUACUAUGGGGCGGCCGUAGCUGCGGCGGGCGCYGCUGCCGAGCGCACCAUGCGGGCUGUCAUCGCCUUGGCCGCGGCGCUGGGCAGCUUGCUGCUGGGCGGCUGCCUCCUGCGCCUGGGCGGCCAGCAGCCCCUCCACGCCAGGGGCUGGGAGGAGGAGGCAGGAGUAGCGGCUGUCACGCCGAAAGUGGUGCGAGCCCUCAGGUUUCCCCUGACGCCCCUUCCUCAGACCGAGAACAGGUACGGACUGGCCGCCCGCAGAACAACCCUUAAUAAAAAUGGAAUUUACCAGGUUGAACAGGCUUCAAAAUGUAAGGCAAUUCAGGACAACAUUUUGUCAUCAUCUAUCAAGAAGAAAAGAUACUCAGAAGAUUAUUAUCUUCACAUAGUCACAAAACUGCAGAACUGUACCUGGGCAAAGAAGCCAGAAGAAUCUACAAAAUUCAGGUCAGAAUUAGCCUCCUGCUGUGAUGCAGUUCACAAUUUUAUUGCUUCUCAAAACAACAGCCCACUGGGAAGUAACAUGAGUUAUGAAGUGGACAGUAAAAAGACUAUCCUCAUUACAGAGGACAUUUUUAAGAUGCUGCCUGUGUCCUCUCCUCUUUCAGUCUAUCCCUUCAAGAACUGUGCUGUGGUUGGAAAUGGAGGUAUUCUGAAAAAUUCCAGCUGUGGUGCUGAAAUCGAUAGUUCUGACUUUGUGUUCAGGUGUAACCUCCCUCCAACCACGGGAAAUAUUAGCAAAGAUGUUGGCAAUAAAACAAACCUUGUGACUGUUAAUCCAAGUAUCAUAGCUCAGAAAUACAACAAGCUAAAUGAAAAGAAGACAGAAUUUCUGGAAAACAUUGCGGUCUAUGGAGAUGCUUUUCUUUUACUGCCAGCAUUUUCCUUCAGAAGUAACACAGCCACUUCUUUUAAAGUAUAUCACACUCUGAAAGAGUUCAAAGCUACCCAAAGGGCAAUAUUUUUUCACCCCACUUAUCUGAAAAGUCUUGCCCAGUUCUGGAGAACUAAGGGUGUGAAAGCCUAUCGGUUGUCAUCUGGUUUUAUGAUCACUAGUGCUGCCCUUGAGCUGUGUGAGAAUGUGAAGCUCUAUGGUUUCUGGCCUUUCUCAAAAUCUACGGAGAAGAUGCCAAUCAGCCACCACUAUUAUGACAACCAGCUGCCUAAACCUGGUUUUCAUGCAAUGCCCAAAGAAUACAACCAGAUCCUUCAGCUUCAUGGCAAAGGCAUUUUGAAGUUGCAGUUUGGUAAAUGUGAAUCAGACUAAAAAGGGUGAUGAUCCUAAGGAGACAAUUUGUGUGUAUCUCAGCAGUUCGGUGUUGGAUUUGAUCUCAUGCGAUUUUGUGAGCAUUAAACUGCGUUAUUACAAGAGAGAAAUAUUUUACACUUGGGGAGAAAAGGGAGUGAUUUUUUCACACAAUAACUGCUACAUUUACGAAUUUUGAGUGAUCAUUUUGUAAAAUACAAAGUAAUGAUUUAGAAAAUUCUGAAAUUCMGUACUAUUGGUUUAAAUUGUAGCAAAGCACAAUCUCAGGAUGGUGGCAAUAUGUGGCAUUCAUCAUGUGUUGCUUCCUAGAGGAUCAUUAAAAUAUUUUGACAUAAGACCUCUGGUUUUGUUGAUAUCAYAUAAUAUAGGCAAUAGUCUCUGUAUGGUGGCUGCAUGAGUUGGCAAUGAACGUUUUCAAUUAGGAGCUUCAUCCUGUAAAUACUGGCAUUUGUCUACAUGAGAGAAGUGAUGAGAAGAGCUGCAGAGGAGUAAUUAAUUCAGAGCCAUGUCAUUCUUAGUUUGUCCCAGGGUGCACAGAUGAGAAAAUCCCUCAGGUUAGAGGUGGUUAAGUGGUUUAUGGGCUUUCAUUUUGUGGGCAGUAAGUAAUGCUGUGGAUUUAAUAGGCUUUCAUUUUGUGAGAAAUAAAUGAUGCUGUGGAUUUAAUGGGAUCACUCAUAUGAGUGAUGUUAAUUCUGAGAAGAGGUGUAUGAAUGACCAGAGCUGUAUAAUUAUUUAUAAACCACUCUGCUUGCUUCUGCUCCUGCCUUGAGAUCCAGUUCAGAUCCAAAUGAGGACAGUGAACCAGGUUCUGCRCUACAAUCCCCAGAGUCCUGGUAGGGCAUGACUUCUUGCCAUUCCAGCUUUGUGUCUUGGCUGAUACAUGAGAUGGAAUUUCCAUUAGAAAGAUGACAAAGGUACCAAGCCUGUAAUUUGAUUUCUUUUCACGUAGUAUAACUUGUAUCUAUAUGUGACUACAGAUAAUGAAACUUCAUUAAGCAUUAUUAGAAGAAUGUUCCUCUUACCAUCACUACACCAUGAUGUAUGAGAAAAGUGACUAUAUUCACUCAAUUUAUAACCUAUGCAGUUCUUUAAAUUUUCCAUGUGGUUCAAGAAAACAUGGGGAGAACCAUCCUGCGACAAGAGAAAAUGAAAUAUMAGCCCAGUGGAAAGAAUCACUUUAACAUUUACAGGGGCUAUGACAAGCGGUUGCACCCUAGCUUUAACUUCUCAUAUGUUUAUAUGUUCUACUGCAGGAAAAAAAACCCAACCAAGCAAGCAAACAAAAUUUAAAAAUAUUAAUAACCAGAUUCUGUUAAGCUUCACUGAAUUUUUUGAGAGUCCUGUGGAUGGUCGGUUCAAAUAUAGUGUCAUUCUCAUUUUACAGUCAGAUAGUAUCAGGUAUUUAAUUUACUAGAACUCCAUUGGCUACUGCAGCAUUAAAUCCCAAAUCAACUGAUUUAAAGAGCAUUCAGUGUUCCUCUCUUCAAGGAUUAUAUCUGCAAAAAAAAUUCCCACUUUAAUGAAUUGAACCUAAUGAAAUAAGGUUCAAAAAAAACCUUUUAAAUGUAUACUUCAUAGAAGCAUUACUGUAUUGUAAUAUUUGAAAGCUUACCUUGCAGCAGUUUUAUAAUCACSUAAACACUCCUGGAAGUAUUAGAAUCAAUCAUUACAGUUACAGAUCUGUUGAUUGAGACACAUUCAGCAUCUGAAUCCAUUUCCAAGAUAAUGAUAUCAGAAUCCAGURUUACUCCYGCCAAAGCAGAAAUACCCUAAUAAAUUCWGCCUGCAAAUAUCAGAAAUAAAGUCCWUUCUUUGAAAUAAGGGGUUUUAAARAAUGCCAUUGCUUUGGGGCAAUGGCUGAUGCCCUUAAUACACAUGUGGACCUCUGAGUGUCAGUAGAGCCUYUAACARCUACAAAGACAGAAUUCAGCUGAUGAGUCCAUCUGCAUUACCAGCUGGUGACGUGGUCCCAGCACCACAAUCCACAUUGUUUCUUCCCCUGCAGUGAGAUUUUGCCAUUUUCUGGCCACAGGCAUCUGCUGCUCAUGUGCAGAGAGCUGCCUGCUGCAAGAAGCUGUAUCCAUGUACAAGAGUCACAGAUGAUUGCCUACUGGAACAUCCUCGUUAUAGAUCAAAUAAAAAUUUGCUCCCAAAAGAGCAUCUCCUAUGCUAUAAAUCACUCACGUGAACAGCCCCAGAAUAUUUUUAGUAGAAGUUGUGCAAAGUGAUGCAGUUGUUCUUUGGGUGAUGCAAACAGCCAAGUCUGAGGAGAACCUUGCUGCAUUUCAUCCAUAGAAACGAAGGCCCACCUGUGUCCACACAAGGACUGUAACUUAUUCCAGUCUAUCAUAGAGCAGUGAGAUGAUUUUGACUGUGUAGCAGCUAUAUGGUUUAUCUUGGGGAAAAUUCAUACCUAUUUUAGAGGUUCUUGCAUUGUAUCCAGAACAAUUGCAAAUGCUCUUUGUGUACAUAGAGAUAAUGCAAGAUCAUUCAUUGUUCAGACUAAAUUCAGUUUGCUACUCAGCACAAGUAAAGGGGCAAAACCUGGCUGUGUGAAGCAGAAGAUCAGGAGRGGAUAAAAUGAAAUUUAUUUAGAGCAGAGAAGCAACUUUAUUCCAAAAGCGUUUGUUAGUUAGUACCAUAUUGCAUUGUCUCAGUGAAUAAAUGUAAACAGUGUUCCAUGACACACCAUGAAGAGCUGAAGUUACUGUGUGGCUGAACUAUUUCAGUGCCGCUACUUUAUUUAAAACACAURUGUAUUAGUAACUGGAAAGAUGGUCAGAAUACAUUUUAAGAGAGGUUCAACCAAAAAGAGGAAUCCUAUGCUAGCUUCCUUGACAAAAAGAKGUCUUAGCUGAAGGAACAUGAUGUACCUCUCAUAAAUCAGAGCAAAUGGAAAUUUCUGUUGCAUGGACAGAUUCUUGACUUCUCACCACUGUUUCCAUUAUGUUUAAUCUUGCCAGUGACCUGAAGACCUGAUCUUUCAUGUUCUCAAGGCUCUCAAUGAUUUGUGUGGAACACAGACUGAUAAGAAAUGCAUGAAGGAAUUGUUGACCUUUCCUACCCUUUCCUACAAAUGCUCUUAACUCUCCAUAGAACAAAAAUACACCCUAUUAGACUUUAGWUUAAGAACCUGAGGCCUUGCUCCAAACAUGAAGUUAUUAUGAGACUUUAGUUGCAUCCGCUUCAUGCUACAGGCAGGCAGACUUGUACAYUAUAGCUAGUGGUGCUGUGUGCUGGGUACCUGGGUCGUGUUAAUUCGUGUGCAGGCUGGGCAAGUUAAUCGUGGCAUUUCUGUAUCACAGRGUACAUUAGAUCGGUCGAGACUUGCUGGAGUACACUCACUGUGGGAGGUGAUGUUUUSUUGGGUAGCUGAAUAAAUUAUUUCYCACUUAUUUUAYAUCUGUGCCAGGUUAAUAACAGUAAAUGGAUUUUGUACCUGGCUGGGAAUGUUUAUGAUACUUUUGCAAGACUAAACCAACAUCAAUUUGGAUUAAGGAUUCUUGACCAAAGGUUAGGAAGGACCUUUCAGUUCCCUCUAUUUCACAUGAGGAAUAUUCAUUUUUAGGGUUUGUGGGCCUCCAGUGCUGUCACAUGCUGUGGAAUGAAUAUUGAGAUUAAAUAGUUUUCUAAAGAUAGAAACACUGACAGUGUGCUAAUAUUUCCACUGUACCUUUGCAGAGGCUGGCAGUGUCCUUGCAUGACUGCAUCACAGCAUCACUAGAUUAAAGCCUGCCCAGCUGCUUUUGUUCUUUUUUCUCCUCUGAAUCUCUAAUGUUGCAUCUUUCUUUAGGAUGCAGUGCUGCCUUGAGUUGGUUAUUUGUUUUUACCCUGUGGAGUGCUGUGCAGAACUGUUUAGUGUCUGUUAGGGAGUUAGUGUGACUGUGAAUCAAACACUGCUAUGCUUGCAGCAUGGUAAAACAUUCUGUAAGUGACUGGGUUUGCACUCAGUGAAGGCAGCUUGGUGUGAUAUUCACAUUGCCUAACUGGAGGUGCUAAAGUUGGUCUGUAGCACCAACUGGUCACUUAAGCUGGAGUGGCUGCAUGGUCCAGUCCUUGUUCUUUGUGCUGCACCCCUCCCUUCRUGCCCUGUCUGGCCUUGGCCUGAUCCCACACCAGGCUGUUCUGGCACACUGAGAUGGUGAAACCCUACCAUGGCAACAGAAUGAGAGAAUUGGUUUUUGCCAAGAGACAGGGGAAUUGUAGGGAGUUGCACGGUCAAAGCAAAGCAGGGGUAAGACCAUGCAGGUGGGACUGUAGGGACAUGACAGSUGCCAUUUGUUAUCCAGCAGCUGUUGGACAGAUUCUGUGGUCCCUCGAAAGCUUGACCAAGUCCAGAAGAYAGCAUUGCUGAGGGUCCCAAAGAGAGAGAUGGGCCCCUGCAAGGGGGAUUGGCAUUGCAGCAGCUGUUCUGGUGGGCCAGAGCCCAUCUCUCCAUGUGGUGCCAGAAGGUSCUUAAGGCACCUACACUAAGGGCUGUAGGUGCCUACACUGCUCAUUAUUGCUCACCCUUCUUUCUUUCCCAUUGCAGUCAUUUUAACAAGCUGUUGACCACCAGCAGAUUCAGAAAUGUUAAGUAGRAAAACUUCUUAGUUCACUGAUGGUGAACUUGAAUAAAUGUGCUUGUUAUUUAGCAUGCCUUUGCUUUCAGUCUCUUUUAACCCCAGCAUUUUAAAAAGCAUCUGCAGAGAACAGAGCUGAAUAAGGUUUGGGGAAGUUGAGACCAGUUACUCUCACUUUUAUUCUCUUUCUUUGGUGCAAUAAUGAGAUGACUGACAUACCACCAUGCUUGACAGAAGAUUAAAAUGCCUGUCUUGUGUGAACCAGGAAAAAAACUAAAUCAUUUGGGUGAUUUUGAUCCUUCUGUGUCUCUCUAAAUUACUAGCAAAAUAUUCCUGUUGUUGUGUAUUAGUUGAUUGUAUUCAGUGCAAGUAUGUGGAUCAGUUAAUUGAUCUAGKUUAAUUGAUCAUGUACAAUUAACAUGAGCCUGCACAGACUUUGCAGGAGCUAACACAGCUUUGCUUUGCUGACACAGCAAUCUAGUUUAGAGGCAUUUGACCUAGAGAUCUUUUUUUGUCCUAUCACUUCUUUCCUGUGACAAAUUUGUGGAGAGAGGUCUUGAAUAUCCAUCCGUAGCUCCUCCAGGGACACUCAGGUCCACAAAGCACACAUCCACCGGUAUGCAGGUUUCUGCAAUUCCAAGCCCUAGGAAGAUUCUGUGGAGUGCUUUUUUACUGAAACAGCUCUGUCUCAAACAGCUCAUAGCCACUUGCUGGAUGCUUUGAAGCAGUAGGCUUCUUACACAUGAGCCUUUUAGUUAAAUGUAYCUUAGUUUGAAAUAUUCAAAGCCAAGUAAUCUUUUAUCUUGUGGUACUUCAGCAGCAGAUMUCAUUAAUCUCUGGUUCUGCUAGCCAGCAACAGUGACAAGGGGGUGUGUAGUUACUUUAGAAGGCCCAACUCUAUUUUGAAUUCUGUCAUUUUAGGCAGGGUCAUCCUUUUAGUUUCUGGACAGGCAAGUUUCAAAUGGUGCUGAUUUCUCCGGGUACUCUGGGGAAAUCCUUUAGGCUUCUCAGCUACAGAAAACAAGCAGGCAGAUUUAUAUUAAUUUUGUUCCAGAUUUUCAUAAAGAAUUUAAUUGGCUCUAAAUUAUCAUUAUGAUCAAGUAGAGCAGAAACACUCUGCAGCAUGCCACUAAACAAAGCRACUAUUGCUGUUAUUUCAUGGUCUCCUUUCAUAAGGGCACAUUUCAGAAUACCUUCCUAUUCUGGGAACACGGCUCACCAGGGGAAUGACCCGGGGUUACUGGGUUACAGCUACAGGGGCAGCAGCCUGUCAGUGUGCUCUCRGUGUCGAGCAAAUUCCAGCAACACAAGAGCUUAACACGAUGGGAGAACAUCAACUUGAGUUCCCCAUUGACCAAGGAGUAAGUGUGGUACUGUGAUGCGUGGUAAUUGAGCUCACAUCACCCUGAGCACAAGCAAUAAUUGCACUUCAGUGUCAGGUGUUGGUAGAUGCUGGUUUAAGGAUGAAACCAGUCUGGCUGUGAAAUACAAGGAGUGGCAUCCUCGUGUUGCCAUCAAGAGAACAUUCAAGCCUGUUUUUUGCUAAAUCCUGAUGUACCUUCASCAAUAUAUCAGUGUUUGUUGCUGCACCUGGUACUGCUGUGUCUUUUUUUCAUCCCUCUUUUCUYCAGUGAGGGAGAAAAGUCACAAUUCAUGAUGGAAGGUUUUAAUGAUCCCAUCAUGAUUUCAAGGCAAGAUCCCAUCAGAAUGAAUCAUGCUAAUGGUUGUGACAGGAUAGCCUAUUGUCAAUAUUGCUGGGUUUAAAUUCCUCACUAUUCACUUUGGUCCCUGGCAAGAGGAGAUUCUUCACAAGUCUGUAGUUCAACAGCAUUGCUAGGCUUCUCAGCUCUUGGUUUGGCUGUGAGAUGUUUUCCUAAAAGCACCUCCUCCUUGGUGUAUUUAUUGUCAGUGUUUACAGUACAAACCCAUUCUUAAAUUCAUGUGACAUUGUAGUAUAACAGUUGGCAUUUCUGCAUCUUUUUAUGUGCUAUUUAUAUAGUAGCUUCAUAUGUAUUCUUUAUGUUAAUAUUCUUGAUAUUCUCUUGAAUACCUAAUUGAAAUUAUUUUAAAUAUUCAUUUUUUAAUGCCACCAGAGUAAAGUGUGUGGGAAGUUACAUGUCACCUAAAAAAACAGUCAUGCAAACCAAAAUAGGAGGAGCAUUUUUGUUAGUCAUUUGGACACUUGCAUCUAAGAUUUACCUUUUUAGGGUAGGUCUAAGAGGCAGCCUCUGCUUCUUAUUUAGUUCAAGCUCUGUGAGUGAGAAAACAGGUAAAUGGAGAUGUCCUGCAUGGGGCUGCUCCUCAGGGAUGGCAAAUGCAUGGCUUUUCUUGACAGAGACUGGUCCAYGUGUCAAAAUGUAAUUUCAUAAAAUUACCAUGAUAGCUUUUGCCCAGAGGUUUCAUUGUCUCUUAAAAUGUGUAUUGUUUGCAUUCAUUUCAGCUCCAUUCUUUCCAAUGCAAUUGUCAGAGCAGAGCUCAUUCCCCCGUGGAGCUGGUAUAAUUGUGCUUCUCCACAUGCGCCAAGCUCUGUGUGAAGCUGCUAGUGUAGGCUCUGCUGCUGCUGUUCCAAAAAGGUUCCUCAAAUUUUCUCAAAGUGGAACUUAUUUAUGUUUUCAGAUGUGAACUUGAUAUUGUCUGAGUAGAAUGUGUGCAAUGUAUUAUAGAAAUGUCUCUGCGCAGGGUUUAGGAGGAGGCAGGAGCCCCUCAGCCGUGUGUGUGCUUUUAUUACAGAAAACCAAGAUGAAGUUGUAUUGUUGAGUYAUCUGUUACAGCUGAUUUAAUUUGUACUUUGUUUUCAUGUUUUAAGUGCCUGAUGAUUUUUUUGUCAAGGAGGCAAUGAUUUCACUGUUACAAGGCAUACUUAGAAUUCUGUACUUGUUACCUGUUCUGUAAUAGAAUAUUUUUGCAAUUUAUGUUUGGAAAUAAAGACUUA